GAAUCAUAUCUUCUUUCUCCUCUACUAGUCACAUCUAUCUUCAACAAGAGAAUUAAGCUGAUGAGGAUAUUACCUAAAAACGGAGGUGCUUACUGCAUCCUCUUAGUGUUUGCUCUCUGUUCGGUGGCUCAUUCCCUUAGCCGUGACAUCAAGGUCGUUGGUGAUGUCGAGGUCGUUGGCUACGCAGAAAGCAGCAAAAUCAAGAUCCCCAACGCAUUCUCAGGACUCCGAGUGACGAUAGAAUGCAAGGCGGCCGAUUCAAAAGGCUCUUUCGUUACGAAAGGAAGCGGGGAAAUAGACGAAACAGGAAAAUUUAAUCUCAAUAUUCCUAAUCAUGACAUUGUCGGAGACGAUGGAGCGCUAAAGGAAGCUUGUUAUGCUCAUCUAUAUAGCGCCUCAGGCAACCCUUGUCCGGCCCACGACGGUCUUGAAGCCUCCAAGGUCGUGUUUCUAUCGAAAUCCGGCGAAACUCAUGUUUUGGGUCUCAAACAAAGUCUUAAAUUCUCACCGGAAGUUUGCAUCUCAAAGUUCUUUUGGCAUAUGCCUAAGUUCCCUUUGCCUACGUUAACGUUUCCUAAGAUCAAGAAGCCUUGUCCCCCAUUUUACAAGCCACCGGUUGUGAUCCCAAAGAAGCCGUGUCCACCAAAGAUUGCACAUAAGCCCAUCUACAAGCCGCCGGUGCCUAUCUACAAGCCUCCGGUGCCUAUUUACAAGCCACCAGUGGUGAUCCCCAAGAAACCUUGUCCACCAAAGAUCGCACAUAAGCCCAUCUACAAGCCACCCGUGCCUAUUUACAAGCCUCCGGUGGUGAUCCCAAAGAAGCCAUGCCCGCCACUUCACAAGCCGAUCGACAAGCCCUCGGUGCCUAUCUACAAACCCAUCUACAAGCCACCGGUUCCCAUCUACAAACCGAUAUACAAGCCACCAGUAGUGGUGAUUCCAAAGAAGCCAUGUCCACCACUUCCCAAGUUUCCGUCCUUCCCACCUAAAUACUUUCCCCACCCUAAGUUCGGGAAAUGGCCUCCUUUCCCUUCUCAUCCUUGAUUGAGAGUUACAAAACAAAUAUAGUAACUCUCUCUUUCUUAUUUCAAAGAAAAGUGAGUGAUGUCAAAAAAAUAAUAUUGCUUUGUUGCUUUGUUUAAUAAUUGAAUUCUCUAUGUAGAUGUCUGAUGUUUCUAUACCUUUAAAUUAAUUCCAGCCAAUAAUAUUUUGUAUUUUUCUCUUGUUAAAUAAACUCUGUGGUUUGAUAUUUUCUCU